UGACAAGAUUAUUCAUUUAAAUUUGCACAAGUGAAGUUCGAGCUAAUCGUAAGGUGAUCGUCUGAACCUUUUUUUAUCGGUUUAAAGUGGCGAUUAAUAUUACAAAAAUUUACCGGAUUAUUUAUAUUGGAGACUAUAUCAGUCUGCGCGCACUACAAGUAGUACCACGGUUACGGCGGGACGAGUGAAAAGUGCUCGGUUAAAAAAGCUCAAAGUGCAUUGUGACUAAUAAAUCGCAAUAAUUGCACUAUCGGUCUGUGAUUAAUUAAAUAGAUAAUUUUAGUUUUUUUCGCUGUCAAGUGCGUUCGCAGUGGCGUAGUAAUAUUGUACGCAAGCGCGGUGCUGUACCGGCAGAUCAACGUCCGCUUCAGAUCUCUCAAAACUGAGUAGUCAUUAAAUUGUUCGUGUAAUUCGUAGCAGAUUAUUGUGUGAAUAUUGCAAUUAAUUCAAUAUGGCAUCAGGUGUAACAGUGGCGGAUAUCUGUAAAACAAUUUAUGAAGAAAUCAAGAAAGACAAGAAGCACCGUUAUGUAAUAUUCUACAUUAGAGACGAAAAGCAAAUCGACGUCGAGGUGAUCGGAAAGCGGGACGAGGAGUACGAAAACUUCCUGCUGAAGCUGCAGGCCGGCGGCGAGGGUGACUGUCGUUAUGGUCUUUACGAUUUCGAAUAUAUGCAUCAGUGUCAGGGCACCACAGAAUCUUCCAAAAAACAGAAACUUUUCUUAAUGUUGUGGUGUCCAGAAAGUGCCAAAGUGAAAAAGAAGAUGUUAUACUCUAGUUCAUUCGACGCACUAAGAAAGGCGCUCGUCGGCGUUCAAAAAACGAUCCAAGCCAAUGAGUUAGCCGAUGCGUCUCGAGAGGCGGUAGAAGAAAAACUACGAGCGACCGAUCGUAAUUGAUCACCAAUAGUUUCAUUUACCUGCUCUCCAUGUGUACUGUAUUAUUAUCUACAACUUACGCACCAAACUUCGGUGUUAAUAAUAAGAUUUGAAUAUUUAAUAAAGCUUCUUUUUUGAACUGUAUGUA